AUAAUGAUGAACUUAGUGUGCUCUAAUUUAAAUAAAGUGAGCGCUUUUAAGAAAAUAAUGUAUCAUCGAUCGAGUUUUUAGCCUUCACCUGGUACCUGCUUGGUUUUCACUGCUCCUGACUGCUGAAAUGCACUAUCUUGAAGAUUACUUAGAGAUUAUCGAGUUUCUCCCUGCUGAACUAAAGUCACGGCUUAUGCAAAUUAAGGAUCUGGACGAGUGUGUUCAAGGUCAGUUGGAGAAUCUUAGGGACAAAAAUAAAACGUUUUUUUCCCUCUGCCGAAAGAGCAAUAAACCUGAUUUGCGUGACCAGCAGUAUAACAAUAUCUGUCAGGAGUAUGAGAAGAGUUUGGAAGACUCGGCAGAGAAGGUUAAGAUAGCCAACCAGCUCUAUGAUAUGAUUGACCGGCACAUGAAGAGGUUGGAUCAAGAUCUGAGCAGAUUUACAAUAGAGCUUGAGGCUGACACAGGCGGUAUCACUGAGAUUCUUGAACAGAAGUCGUAUCUUUUGGACAGACCUCCCACCCCUGAGAAGCCGUCUAGUGGCCAAAAGCGCUCCCGAAACAUAGCCCACCUUGAUGACCACCUUUCUAACGGAGAGUUUGAUGACUUCACAUUAACAUCGUCGAUUCGAGCUUCUCCUGCACCUGUUGGGAGGACUAAGUAUCCAAGACGAGAGCAUCGUACAUCAGCUUCGUUCUCACUUCACACCGACUUGGACUCAGACAUCCUUGACCUUGAUGACCAGCUGUCACCACCGUCCAGCUUCUACGCAGGUACAGGAGGGAAGCCCCCUCUCUCCUUCAGCCUCUCUGAUCCUAAACCACCAAAGAGGGGAUCCUUUUCGCAGACAACGUCAAUUUUUUCAGAUGUUGACGGUGAGCCUGGAGGUGACUGGAUUGGAUUUGUGGACCCAAAUGAGCCAAGAUAUUGUCUCUGUAACCAGGUGUCAUAUGGUGAAAUGGUUGGAUGUGACAACCCGGAGUGCUCUAUAGAAUGGUUCCAUUAUGGCUGCGUUGGGAUUACAGAGCCACCUAAAGGAAAGUGGUACUGUCCUCAGUGCUCAAGCAUUAAGAAGAAAGGCGGUAGACGAUUGUAACCCUGGCCAUUAUUGUUGGUAUUACUCUAUGGCUGUUUUAGUAAUUUGUGCACCCUGAACUUUUUAUUAGUGUUGCAAAUUCUUUUAGUGCUGCCAAAAUUAUUCACAACCAAUGAUUGAUUGUCACAUGA